AUGAAGUCAAGCACAUCAUUUUUCGCUUGGAUCUCUUCCAUCCUCGUCGCCUCUGUCGUUGCAGAAUCUGCUGGCACAGAGACUUGCUGUGCUUCACUUCAAGCUGCAGGUGUGAAGAACGUCUACUACCCCGACACUUCCAGCUACAAGACCCGCACCAAGUCGUACUUUUCCGUCUCGUCGCAACUGCAACCUUAUUGUAUCGUGCAGCCCGAGAAUGCCAAGGAUGUAUCUGUAAUUGUCAAGACUCUGAGCGAUAGUAGCCAGUGCAAAUUCGCCAUCCGAAGUGGUGGCCACACGGUUUGGGCAGCAAAUAACAUUAACGAUGGCGUUACUAUCGACAUGGGGUUGAUGAACAAGACCACGUACGUUAAGAAAACAAAGGUCGCUCAGAUCCAGGCGGGGUCCAUUUGGCGAGACGUCUACGAGACCCUUGAGCCGUAUGGCGUCACUGCUGCGGGUGGUCGCACCUCAACUGUUGGUGUCGCUGGCUUCUUGACUGGAGGCGGUAACACUUUCUAUACUGCACGUCGCGGGUUUGGCUGUGACCAGGUCGUCAAUUUCGAGGUAGUCCUCGCCGACGGCCGCAUCGUCAAUGCGAACAAAAGCAAAAACUCGGAUCUCUGGAAGGGCCUGAAGGGUGGCUCGAGCAACUUCGGCAUCGUCACCCGAUUCGACGUGCAAGCCUUUGAUGCUCCCCUUCUCUGGGGAGGUCUCGUCACAUAUACUACCAAGACAACCGAUGCGCAUAUCAAGGCUUACAAGAAUUGGACUGACAAUAUCGAGAACUACCAAGAUGGUUCCGUGAUUCCCUUCUGGAGCUACACGCCUCAGGCGGGCAAGAUCGGCAUUACGGUGUCAUACGAGGAUACCACAGGCAAGGCCGCGCCGAAGGCCUUGGACGCCUUCUGGAAGAUUCCCUACGAGAACUCCAAUCUGCGUAAGGAUUCGCACCGCAACAUGACUGUCGAGCUCGAGCUUGUAGCUGGAUACCGUAACGUCUGGUUCGCCAUCACUCUGAAGAACGACCUUGCCCUAUAUAAGAAGGCGCUAGAUAUGCACAAGCAAUUUGUCAGCGACUGGAAGGCCCAGUCUCCCGAUGGCGACUUCAUCUGCCACGGUAUUUUCCAGGCAAUCCCCACCAUCUUCUCGAAGCAUUCCCGCGAGCGAGGCGGCAACAUUGUCGGACUCGAUCGCGAAAAGAACAAUGCCGUCAUGUUCCAGGUACAGCUGAUGAUUAACGGCGUCGAGCAGGAGAAACUGGCCCGUGAGCGUAUGGUGCGCUUCCGCAAAGCAAUGAAGCAGUACAGUGUCGAUCAGGGCGGCGCUGUGGACUGGGAGUAUCUCAACUAUGCCGACUUCACGCAGGAUCCACUGUCUACGUACGGUCUGGAGAAUGUUGAGUACAUUCAACGAGUAGCUUUGAAGUAUGACCCUAAGGGCAUUUUCCAAACUCGAUUGCCUGGAGGCUUCAAGAUCUCGAAAGUUGCUGAGAAGAUCAUCAACAACGACCUUCAGUAG